ACUUUGUGAUUUAGCCAAGAUUUAAUUUAAUUAAAGGCUGAUCUUGCCUUCAUACCAAGAUCAGCCAGCCAUACAGUUACAGAAUGGUGCCUUUCCAUGAGUUGUGUCUGGAUUUCUAAGCGUAACCGACUAUCCCUGCGUUUAUCAUCCGAUUAUCAUGCAGUCAAUACGUAUCAUACAAUUACAUACGAAUGAUUCCUGAUAAAUUUGAAAGCUAAAAUCUGCGUUAGCUCUAAUUACAAUCUGUUACCAGUCAAUCUAAUUAUUACUAUUCCAUGUCAUACACAUAUCAGCUGCUAGCGCUUGUAUAUGCGGUUGGAGGCGUACUAUACCUGUGUUCGAACGGGAAAAAUGUAUCGGCCGAGGUGUUUUCCUCGAUGGCGGAUGUGGAGACGUUAAUCACAACAGAGAAGCUGCUCUUGGACGUUUUGCAGAAUUUUCUAAGAGAGGAGCGACUGGCUCUUGCCGAAACCAAGCGAUACAUACGCCGAAUAAAACGUGCCAAGGAAGAUGAGCUAGAUGUAGAGGCAGUGACGAUGUUCCAAAGGACAAAGCUACUUCUGGAAGAUAUUAGUCCCAUAAAAAUGUCCACAUUUACCGAGCAUCAUCAAACUAUUUCUUCCCUGCGCGUCAACCGAACGUUCCCUGAAGAAGCGGACAUGGAAGGUAGCGCAGACGCCUUCGCCCGGCUGCAAUUGAUAUACCGGCUGCAUCCUCGCGAUAUUGCUCGCGGACGCAUUCCCGGCACGCGAGCCACGAUGCCCUUUACGUCGCAAGAGGCAUUUAUUAUCGGGCACAACCAGGCUGUUAAUGGGUUUUUUAAUUCUGCUGCCGCGUGGCUGGAAAUUGCUUUAGAGCUUUACCGCGAAGAGACCAAGCACACCGGAAAUCUUGCGGAGAUCCUCGAUUGGUUGCAAUAUGCAGUGUAUCGUGAUACUAAGAACGCCAUUCGAGCACUUGAUUUUCUUCGCGAAAUUGUGGGAAUCGAGUCAAGAUACCCCAAUUUGGCGGCAAAAAGGAGAAGAUAUGAAGAAGACAUUCGGGAUUUUACACGUGAACAAAUAGCCGAAUUUCGUGGAGCGCCUAACGCGACACAAGUGUAUAACAGUGACUCCGCCGCAAUGGAAGGGUUUGUUGAGCCUGCUGAAAGGAGUUACCAAGAAUUAUGCCGCGGAGAACAACGCACGAUUACAACAGAGAAAUGCAACUUAAAGUGUCAUUACCGAACGUACGGUAAUCCCUACCUGAUUAUCCAACCAGUGAAAGUGGAAAUUGUGCACAGUGAUCCGGAAAUUGUUGUGAUACGCAACGCUAUCUUAGAUUUCCAGGCUGUGCGAGUUAGGCAAGUUGGCUAUCAACAUCUACUGCGAAGUCAAGUUAUGGAACCCGACGGAAAGAACAAAACGUCUUCGAAGCAUAGGAUAGCAAAAAUCGCUUUCUUGCCUGAAGACCUCGAUCCGGUAAUUGGUCAAAUAAAUCGCUACAUCGGCCAUGCGACUAAUUUGGAUCCCAGCACAGCUGAAGAACUGCAGGUCAAUAAUUACGGUAUCGGGGGUCAUUACUCGCCACAUUUCGACUUCUUUGAGAAUAUCUACAAUGUCGAAGACUACGCAGUCGAUGAAAAAGACGGCGAUCGAGUGGCCACGUGUUUGAUUUAUAUGACCAAUGUCGAAGCAGGAGGUGCGACUGUGUUCCCCCGUCUAAACCUGACUCUAGUCCCGGAAAAAGGGUCAGCGGCGUUUUGGUAUAACAAGUUUCGCGAUGGUUCGGCGGAUGUACGCACGCUGCAUGCUGGAUGUCCGGUGCUGUCGGGAAUGAAGUGGGUGUCGAAUAAAUGGUUUCGUGAAAGAGGCCAAGAGUGGAGAAGACCGUGCGGCAUACGUCCAGAUGGAUAUGCCAAUAUUACUGAGAUUUCCGAGAUGUAUAACGAUGUAUUUACAAGUGUAAACAGAAAAUCAACGAAAAUGUCAACACCCUCAGGCCUUUACAUCAUGCUAAGUUUUGUCUUCCUAACAUUUUGGCAUAGUAGCUCUGCCGAGUUAUUUAGUUCCAUGGCGCAUAUGGAGACCCUGCUUGCAACGGAGAAGUUGUUGCUGGAAAUAUUGGGUAGCCUUAUGCGCCAAGAAAGACUACGACUGACGGAAGCAAAAGCGUACAACAAUGUGUUAAAAAGCGAGACAGAAGACAAUUUCAACAGUACAGAAGAUAAUCCAACAAAAAUGUUCCGCAGGAUAAAACACUUGACACGAGAUUUCGGCUACAUCAGUGAUCUUAUUGCGAAAGAUGUCUUUUUAGAACACAAGAAACGAAUCAAAAAUCUCCGGGAUUCCGAAGUGUUUCCUGACGAGAAGGAUCUGGAAGGCAGCGCAGAGGCUUUUGCCCGCCUGCAGCUAGUAUACAAACUGGAUCCCCCACAUAUAGCCAGAGGUCACAUUCCAGGAACCCGCACUACAAUGCCGUUCACAUCUCAAGAGGCAUUCAUCAUCGGACAGUACCAAGCAAAAAUUAACCUUUUCGAUUCGGCCGCGGCGUGGCUGGAAGUUGCGCUUGAGCUGCAUCAUGAGGAAGAACCAAAAACCAGUGAUCUGGCAGAAGUGCUUGACUGGUUACAGUAUGCGAUGUACGAAGAUACAGGAAAUGCCGUGAGAGCGCUGGAAAUCAUUCAACACAUCAGAAUUAUCCAGCCUAGCUACCCGAACUUGGAGUUGAAAGCCAAGCUGUAUGAAGCAAAAGUUUGGGAAUUAAGCCACGAACAAAUCAGACAGCUUCGCAAUGCUCCCAGCGCAAUCGAAGAAUACAGCAGUGCGGCCUCGGAUCGCAAAUCUGACGCUUAUGAAUCGCUCUGCAGGGGCAAAGACAGAAUUAUGCCGGAAAUAAAAAAGAGAUUAACGUGCUAUUUCAAAACCUAUGGAAAUCCAUACUUACUGCUUCAGCCAAUCAGAAUCGAGAUGGCUUAUGACGACCCCGAAGUGCUGAUAAUACAUAACGCUUUUUCUGCGUCUCAGGCACAACGGAUUCGUGAACUUGGAAAAGAACAUCUAUCCCGCGGUCUUGUCAUGGCCGAUGGAAAUACGAAUCGAGUUGUAUCACAGCACAGAAUUGCAAAAGUGGCUUUUCUUGAGAACCUACUUGAUCCGGUUAUUGCCGAAGUGAACCGUUACAUUGGCCAUGCCACCAACCUGGAUCUUACUACCGCUGAAGAUUUACAGGUCAACAACUAUGGUAUCGGCGGCCAUUACGUGCCGCACUAUGACUUCUUUGAAAAUCCCUGGGAUCCCGGAAAGUAUUUUUUUGAGCAUGGAGACCGGAUCGCAACGUGCCUCCUGUAUAUGACCGAUGUGGACGCCGGCGGGGCAACAGUAUUUCCGCGACUGAAUCUAACGCUCGUUCCGGAAAAGGGCACCGCGGCCUUCUGGUAUAACAAAUUUAAGGAUGGUUCUCCAGAUGUACGGACCCUGCAUUCAGGAUGCCCUGUAUUGUCGGGAAUGAAAUGGGUGUCAAAUAAGUGGUUUAAAGAAAGAGGGCAGGAGUGGCGGAGGCCGUGUGGAUUGCAGCGUGACGGAGUUGUGAAUGUGACCAAAGCUGUUGAGGAGUACAAUGAUGGUUAUUGAACCCGGUUGUCCUAAUAAAUUGGACUAUACCAUGGCAUACAAUAAAUUUACUGACCGCACCUUAAACUACGUCAACUCGGUGCGGACCGAAAACGUACGCUGACUUUCGCACAAAAUAAGUUUCGGUUUUUUGGUUAUGCAGUUUGUGCCCCCAUUUAAAAACUGUGUACCCCAAUUUGCGGCUUAGCCCAGAUUGUGUGCGGACGCUAAAUAAUUAAACCUAAAUUCAGA